AUGGCCGCCGCCUCAAACAACAACAACAUCGACCUCUCCUCCCUCGCCCCGGCCGCCCCCACCGACGGCACCGACGCCGCGGCCGCCGCCGCCCCCUCCCACGAGUCCAAGAUCCUCGAGGUCCUCGGCGCGGCCGUCAACGGCGCCGCGCCCACUGAGCUCUCCGCCGAGGCCACGGCCGGCGAGGUCGACAAGCUGUACGCGGCCGCCGCGGCGGGCAGCGACGCCGAGGAGUUCCUCUGGGCGUGGUGGUCGCUGCUCGUCGGCGUCGUCAAGCUGAUCCCCGCCGACGACGCCCGCAUGCAGCUCCUCGUCUCCGUCAUCGCCAAGCUCAAGGCCCGGCGCGACGACGAGGUCGAGAUGUGGGGGCAGAAGACGCGCGUCUGGUCGGAGCUGCCCAUGCUGGGGCCCAACAUGAGAGACGCCUGGAACAUGCGUCCCAUGUUUGACGGCUCCGACCGCGACAACGAGGCCAUCCGGGAGUGGAUCUCGCUCAACUCGUUCGCCGCGCGCAUGUUCGGCACCAAGCUGCAGAGCUGGGACAACUUUGCCAUCUGGGAGCUGCGGUCGGGGCUGGAGGAGCCGCCGCUGAGCACGCCGAGCGCCAAGGAGACGAGCCUGGCGACAGCGUGCGAGUGGAUCACGCACGCGGGCGACGAGCUGCACAGGCAGGGCCACGCCGGCCGCCAGCUCGAGGCCAUGGAGGAGCGCGCCCUGAAGCCGGGCCAGCUGUUCGCGACUGGCAAGCCCGGGCUGAGCGACGAGCGCUGGCGCUUCUGGAGGGAGAGGAUCGGUGCGCUCGCGGGCAGCGCGGGCAGCGGACAGCUCAAGGAGAGGGCGCAGAAGGUGGUGGACAAGAUGAAGGACCUCGACGAGGGGUCUGCGUGA